AUGGCGUCUAGCCAAGCAUCUACGUCGCUCUCUGGCGCAGCUGCGUCGGCGACCUCGUCAUCCACGCCUGCUGGUCGGUCGCGCGUGCCGAGCAUGCCUCGUCUUCUGUACGGCACCGCGUGGAAGGGCGACUUUACGUCGGACCUGGUGAUCCUCGCACUCAGCCACGGUUUUCGCGGGAUCGACACGGCGGCGCAGCGCAAGCACUACCGCGAAGACCACGUGGGUGCUGCACUCGAUACGGCGCAGACGGAUCUGCAGCUCGACAGACGCGAUGUAUGGGUGCAGACCAAAUUCACCCCGCGUUCGGGGCAGGACUGGACGCAACCCUCGACGAUUCCAUUUGGUCACGAUGAGCCGGUAGCCGUGCAGGUUCGCAAGAGCUUCGCUGCAUCCUUGAGGAAUCUGCAUCCGUGGCUGGAGUUUGAGCCGUUCGAGGAGGUUGCACGCAAGAUUACGGCCAACUCGGAGCGCGGGGUGGAGCUGGAUGCCGGGGUGGAGUAUGGCGAUAAGCACGGCGAGGCGUAUGUGGAUAGCUACGUACUGCACUCCCCGCUGACCACGCUGGACCGCACGCUGAACGUAUGGGCAGCCAUGGAGAGCUUCGUCCAGCUCGGACUGGUCCGCCAGAUCGGCGUGUCGAACGUGUACGAUGCCGAGAUCUUCCAGGCACUCGCACGCACCACACGCAUUCCACCGAGCAUCGUCCAGAAUCGAUGGCACUACACUACCGGCCACGACGUAGCACUACUUUCGAUCCUCUCCCCCGCUCUUGCGCCCAACGAGUGUGGCGAACCUGUGGUGUAUCAGCCGUUCUGGUCGAUUACGGGUAACCCUAACCUGCUCGCAUCGCCACCGGUGCAGGAGUCGGCAGAGUUGUUGGGUUGGACACCGCAACAGGUGGUGUAUGCCUUCCUGGCAAGAGGGAUGGAUAUUCCCCGCCUCACCAUCACCGUACUCUCGGGGACCAAGGAUGAACAGCACAUGCACGAGGCCGUACACGCCGUCAACAACGCCCAUGACGAAAGGUGGUCGCAGACACACGUAGAUGCCAUCCGAAAGUUCGUCUAUGGAGAGUAG